AAAAGAAAAAAAUCAACAACAGAAAUUGGAGAUGAUUAUGAAGCAAAACUAUUGAUCGAUCUUGUUCAGAGUGGUAUUAAUGCGAAUAUUACUAAGACAAGAAUCAGAAAAAAUGGAAAAACAUUAUUUGUAGGAGAUGGAGGAAUUGAUUUAUUUGGAAAAUAUAUGAACAUGCAUUAUAUAAUUCAAGCUAAAUUUAGAACAGAUAAAGAAUCAUGUGUUCCUCCUAGUGAAGUGAAUAACUUUAUAUUAGUUUUGAUGCAACAACCAGAGAAUAUAGUAGGGUUCUUUGUAUCUAAUGCAAGAUUUUCAACAAGAUCUCAGAAUCUUGCGAAUAAUCCAAAAGUAAAUUUAAUAUUAUGUAAUGAUAAUAAUUUGGUUGAGAAGAUCAAAGAAACGCAGAGAUUACAUUCAGAUUCUGAUUCUAAUACUAUCUGUAUUAAAGAUAUAACAACUGAUAAAAAUACGAAAACAGAAAUAUUUGGUAUAAAAUUUGAAGGAAAGAUUAGGAUAGGAAAGCUUAGAAGGAUUAGAAAUUCUCCAUAUUGA